AUGCGGAACAGAGCGGCCCCGUUCCCGUCGGCGUCGAGCCUCAGGCUGUGCUCCGCAGCCCAUUUGGCCACAACGGACAAGGCAGCCGACAUUGCCGCAGCACACGCACACACACGCCAUGCCGCACACAAGCGGGCUGCCCCUGCACUGCUAGAGGAGCUCUCGGCGCGCCUUGGAAUGACGCAGCGGGCACCAUUGGACUCGGUGCGUUGGCGCCUGUGGCUGCCUUUGUCGACGCUCCGAUCCGCUCUGUUGGAAGUGCCGGCGGGGUUGUGGGGUGGCGGGAGAGCAACGGCGGACACGGUGACCUCUACGCGGCGAGUUCACAGUAACCCCUUGGCCAGUGGCAGUGCGGAUGGAACGGUCAUAAUGAUCGCACCGCCGGCACGCUUGUUGUCGAGUUCCCCGAAAGGAGGGCAGUGA